CGUGUGAGUGAGUGCGCGAGAGAGAUUCACCGGAAGUGCUUCCCGGUACCUGCGGAGCUCCGUGUUUACAGAGCCUGUACAGCUCCCGGAGGAACUUCAGCGGUUCUUAUUCUCCUCUUUUACUCUCUUUAUUUCUCCCUCUGCUCUCUGAGACCGCGGUCCUCCGGCUCCGCUGUGUGUGAGUGAGAGGUGGUGAGCGGUGUUGUGAAGGUCGGCGGCGCUGCGGGCUGAUUUGAGUAAAUCACUGCACGCACUCCGCUCUGACCAGCUGUACGUGUUAUAGAGAAUCUGCCGAGAGCUCUGUGAGGACUGUGUGUUUAUAAUGGGUUGGUAGGUGUAACGUUAGUGAUCGUAGUGUGCUGCAGUAUGGAUGAUCAGCGCCGGAGGAAACUCACCUUCUUCACCAUCGGACUGAUUUUCCUGCUCAGCGGAAUAGAAUACGCUGUGAUUUUACCCACAAUAUGGCGUUAUCUGCAGACUCUGGACGCUCCGCCGUAUUUCCUGGGGCUCGGCCUCUCUGCCUUCAGCUUCAGCGGCCUGCUGACUGGGCCUCUGUUUGGUCUCAUCUCCGAUAAAACACGCACUACCAAAAAGAUCAUAUUGUUCGCCAACUGCUUCGAAAUAGUCGGUAAUUUUAUGUAUUUUAUGGGAUACUCUAAAUGGCUUUUGCUCAGCAGUCGAUUAGUUGCAGGCAUCGGGACGGGUGCUGGCUCAUCUAUCUUCAGCUUCCUGACUAGAAAUACUGUCCCUGAGGAUCGCUCUACUGUUUUUGCUGCUGUGAUGGCUUGCCGUCAAGCUGGCCUGUUGAUCGGUCCAGCAUUUAAUAUCUUCCUGAGGCUGUGUGACUUCCAGCUCGGGCCUUUUAUAGUGAACAAGUUCACAGCACCUGGGAUUUUUAUGUGCGGGCUGUGGCUGCUGCUCCAGUUGGUGGUCCUGCUGAUGUACUGGGACUUCCCCGAGCCAGCCAGCAGGGGGUCGAGGGAGGAUAAGCAGCAGCAGGAGGAUGGAGAGGAUGAGGAGGAUGAGAAUGAUGAGAAUGAUGAAGUUCGGCCACUGGUCCACCCUCACGAACUCACUGGCUCGUACGGAACGGUCUCCAUCCCUCCUCCCAGAAUACCUACGGUUGCUAACGGCAACUUGCCCCGGCGCUCACCAUCCCCACCUGAACAGAGUCACUCCAGCCCGUUCAAGCGGUUCAGCGCACGCCGCGAGUUUCUAAGAGAGGAGGUGGUGGUGCUGCUCACAGCGCAGUUUAUUACACUGUUCAACCAGACGGCACUAGAGACGAUGGUGACUCCACUGACUCAGAAGUUCUUUAACUUUGGCGAGCUGGAGAACAGUAUAAUGUACUGUGUGUGCGGAGUGGAGGUGAUCGCAGGGUUCGUGUUUGUGCGCUGGCUGAGCCGCAGGGUGGCAGAGAGGGUGGUGCUGGCCAUCGGUUUAAUCCUCUGCAAUAUCUCCUGCGUGUGGUGCCUCAUCUUCCUCGCAAACCCCCAGGGUGGAUUCCCGUGGCAGUUAGCGGAGUUCAUUAUUGGAGUUUUCCUGCAGGUUUUGGGUCUCCCUUUUGUAGCUGUGGCCCAAGUUUCCCUCUUCUCUAAAAUCACAGCAGAGAAGACUCAAGGCUUUAGUCAGGGGGUUCGGAGGUCCAUUGGUGGGUUGGCCACAAUUCUGGGUCCACUCUGGGCUGGAGGUUUGACCUCUAACCUCUACGUCAUGCUGGGGGUGAUGAUGGCUCUGCUGGCACUGCUCACUAUUAUGAUGGCCUUUUCCUACGAGCGUCUGGUGGAGCGGCCCAUUGUGGAGCAUGCAGACGACUCAGAGGAAUGAGUUACACACAGUCUGUGCUGCUGUCCUGCUGCUGACACAGAAACACAGUGGUAAAAGAAGCACCACACUUAACACGGAUGGAGGGGCAGACGGACGGACGGACGUGUCUGACAGGGAAGGCUGUGUUAAAUGAAUGUAUUUCUGCUGUAUUUCCCGUGGAAAUGUAACGAGUUGAGAUGAAUGUCUGAAUUAAGCUGACCGUCCACUAUGGGAUAAACUACAGUCACACUGUUAACCUCAUUUAAAUGCACUGAAUUCAGAAUUAAGGAAUGUGUCAUCAGCUCUGCUGUUAUUUACUUUAUUUACAGUAGAGUUUCAGCUCGUAUUUAUGUGCAUAGAUGUGUUUAAAAUGACAGAAACCCUUAGUUCUCAGCAGAAUCUUAGUUAGUUGUGUGUGCAUGGUACCAUCAUUUAUUUUGCAUCUUGGCAAUACUAAUAAAAUCUGUUCAUAUAAAAAGUAAUAAAAAAUAUUUUUUAAUACACGUAUAAAACAUCACAUUUCACUUAAGAUCCAAAUGUGAGGAGUUUCAUUAAUAAUCAUGAUCUGAUUCAGAAGUGUGAUCAGUAUCCUCAGUUCAGCUGUGGUGCUCUAGGGGGCGCUCUUAUCCUUCAUGUGAAAGGAUGGAUUUAUGAACACAUAAGAAAAACACAGAGGACAGUCCAUAAACAAGCCCUUUAUAAAAUCCACUGAAAAUCAUAAUGCCAUAGCUUAUCACUGACAAUGGGAUUGUUACAUUUUAUUUAUUAUUUCAUUUUUAUAUUUUAAUGAGUUGUUUUGGGUUUUUUUUAGGUUGUUUCCUUUGUAGUUUAAUGUUCUGUUUGUUUUGUGUUUAAAUUAAGUUAAUCUUAAAUUCUUACUGAACUGCUACACUAUAUUGCUGAAAUGUCACCCCAAAAAAACAUCUUUAUAAUUGUACAGUUGCAAGUUUUAUAAUAAAAAUCUUACAUUCUAACAACA